GGCGCGGAGCGAAGUUGGGAGGGGCAGCUCUUCCCGGUUCUGUCCCGGUUCUUGGGGCUGCGUAUCCGGCCCGCAGACAUGUCGGGGUUCAGCCCGGAGCUUAUCGACUACCUGGAAGGAAAGAUCUCCUUCGAGGAGUUCGAAAGGCGGAGAGAAGAGAGAAAAACUCGCGAGAAGAAAAGUCUUCAGGAGAAAGGAAAGUUAUCAGCAGAAGAAAAUCCAAAUGACUCUGAAGUUCCGUCAUCAUCAGGAGUUGACUCUUGCAGAUCCCAGGACAAAGAUGGCAAUGAAGGAGAAACGUCAGAUGGAGUCAGUAAGUCAGUUCACAAAGUCUUUGCUUCCAUGCUUGGAGAGAAUGAAGAUGAUGAGGAGGAAGAGGACGAAGAAGAGGAGGAGGAGGAGGAGGAGGAGGAAACACCACAGCAACCCACUGCAGGCGAUGUGUUUGUAUUGGAGAUGGUUCUCAACCGGGAGACCAAGAAAAUGAUGAAAGAGAAAAGGCCUCGGAGUAAACUUCCCAGAGCUCUGAGAGGUCUCAUGGGUGAAGCCAACAUUCGCUUUGCGCGAGGAGAACGUGAAGAGGCGAUAUUGAUGUGCAUGGAAAUCAUAAGACAGGCUCCUCUUGCUUAUGAGCCAUUCUCUACUCUUGCCAUGAUAUAUGAGGACCAGGGUGACAUGGAGAAAUCGCUGCAGUUUGAGUUGAUUGCUGCACAUUUAAAUCCCAGUGACACUGAAGAAUGGGUUAGAUUGGCAGAAAUGUCCCUGGAACAAGACAAUAUUAAGCAGGCUAUUUUUUGCUACACAAAAGCUCUUAAGUAUGAACCUACUAAUGUCCGUUAUCUGUGGGAGCGAUCGAGCCUUUAUGAACAGAUGGGAGACCAUAAAAUGGCAAUGGAUGGUUAUAGGCGCAUUUUAAACCUGUUGUCUCCGUCUGAUGGAGAACGAUUUAUGCAAUUGACUAGAGAUAUGGCUAAGAGUUACUAUGAAGCCAAUGACGUUACUUCAGCUAUUAACAUAAUUGAAGAAGCUUUCUCAAAACACCAGGGCCUAGUCUCCAUGGAAGAUGUUAACAUAGCAGCUGAACUGUACAUUUCUAACAAACAAUAUGACAAAGCUUUGGAGGUAAUUACAGAUUUUUCUGGAAUCGUGCUAGAAAAAAAAACUGCAGAGGAAGACACUCCAGAAGAGAAUAAAGCCAGUGAGAGUCUUACCUGCACCAUACCUGAUGGUGUGCCCAUAGAUAUCACGGUGAAGCUGAUGGUCUGCCUCGUGCAUCUCAACAUCCUUGAACCACUUGAUCCUCUCUUGACAACACUAGUGGAACAGAAUCCUGAAGAUAUGGGAGACCUCUAUCUAGAUGUUGCUGAAGCUUUUCUGGAUGUUGGUGAAUAUAAUUCUGCACUUCCGCUCCUUAGUGCGCUGGUCUGCUCAGAAAGAUACAACCUCGCGGUGGUUUGGCUUCGGCACGCAGAAUGUUUAAAGGCCUUAGGCUACAUGGAGCGUGCUGCCGAGAGCUAUGGCAAAGUGGUUGAUCUGGCCCCCCUCCAUCUGGAUGCAAGGAUUUCACUCUCCACCCUUCAGCAGCAGCUGGGCCAUCCUGAGAAAGCUCUGGAAGCUCUGGAACCAAUGUAUGAUCCAGAUACUUUGGCACAAGAUGCAAACGCUGCCCAGCAGGAACUGAAGUUACUGCUUCAUCGUUCUACUCUGUUGUUUUCACAAGGCAAAACGUAUGGUUAUGUGGAUACAUUACUUACCAUGUUAGCCAUGCUUUUAAAGGUAGCGAUGAAUAGAGCCCAAGUCUGUUUGAUAUCCAGUUCCAAAUCUGGAGAGAGGCAUCUCUACCUUAUUAAAGUGUCAAGAGACAAAAUAUCAGACAGCAAUGACCAAGAGACAGCAAAUUGUGAUGCAAAAGCAAUAUUUGCUGUACUCACGAGUGUCUUGACAAAAGAUGACUGGUGGAACCUUCUGUUGAAGGCCAUAUACUCUUUGUGUGACCUAUCCCGAUUUCAGGAGGCUGAGUUACUUGUGAAUUCUUCAUUGGAGUACUAUUCAUUUUAUGAUGACAGGCAAAAACGCAAAGAACUAGAAUACUUUGGUCUUUCUGCUGCAAUUCUGGACAAAAAUUUCAGAAAGGCAUACAACUAUAUCAGGAUAAUGGUAAUGGAAAAUGUCAAUAAACCCCAGCUCUGGAACAUUUUCAAUCAAGUUACCAUGCACUCCCAAGAUGUACGACAUCAUCGCUUUUGUCUUCGUUUAAUGCUGAAAAACCCAGAUAAUCACGCCCUGUGUGUGUUGAAUGGACACAAUGCAUUCGUGUCUGGUAGUUUUAAGCAUGCACUUGGACAGUAUGUGCAAGCCUUCCGCACCCAUCCCCAUGAACCUCUCUAUAGCCUCUGUAUAGGCCUGACCUUUAUUCACAUGGCAUCUCAGAAGUAUGUAUUAAGGAGACAUGCUCUUAUUGUGCAGGGCUUUUCCUUUCUUAAUCGAUACCUCAGUCUACGUGGGCCCUGCCAGGAGUCGUUCUACAAUUUGGGCCGUGGGCUUCACCAGCUGGGGCUAAUUCAUCUUGCGAUCCACUAUUAUCAGAAGGCCCUGGAGCUCCCGCCGCUUGUGGUAGAGGGUAUAGAAGUUGACCAGUUAGACUUACGAAGAGAUAUUGCCUACAACUUAUCCCUCAUUUAUCAGAGCAGCGGGAAUAUUGCAAUGGCUCAAAAGCUUUUGUAUACCUAUUGUUCUAUAUAAAGCACCUCAACUGAGAAAGGAGCAUUGGGUAGCUGCUGUGUGUGGACCAGGAUUUUCUGUCUCAGGGCUUAUUAUUAACCCCAAAAUGGAAAUGAUAAUUUCACAGUUAUCUAACAUGUAAUUCAUUUUUAAUAUGUGAUAAUGAUCUUUUAGUAGAUUUGCAAAAUUAUCAUUCCUACAAGAAUUCAUAUGUUGUUGUAUUUCCCUUUAGCUUUUUUUGUUUUUUUCUCUGAGGAAGAUUCACCCUGAGUUAACAUCAGCUGCCAAUCUUCCUCUUUUUGUAUGUGAGCCACUGCCACAGCAUGGCCACUCACAGAAGAGUGGUGUAGGUCCGUGCCCGGGAGUCAAACUCGAGCUGCUGAAGUGGAACGCAUCAAACUUAACCACUAGGCCGCUGGGGCUGGCCCUCCUUUAGCAUUUUUCAGCAAGAGUGUCCUCAAAGUGGAAAUAGACAGUAUUAGCCUUUAAGCCAGCUAGGAGUUGAAUACACUAAGUUUUUACUCAGACCAUUUAUUCAUCUGUGCAUUUAAUACUAUAUAUUCAACACCUACUAUGUACUAGGCACUGUGGUUGGUGCUGGGAAUACAAUAGUAAGACAGAUGUGACCUGUCAAUGCGAUUCUUUAAAUAUAGAACUCAAGCAUAUAUUUAUUUGUAAGAAAUGUUUGCUAUAUUUCUACAUACACCAUCGUUGUUAGUCAUCCAUUUCUUAGUGCGCUGUUACUAUUGCAUGGGCAGUUUUUCAAAUACACAGAAAAGGAGGUUGCUUAUUAAAGGAAGGACAAAUUGGGACUCUUUCUGAUGUCAGUACAAUUACAUAAAUCACUUCGCUCCUAACAAAAUUAUUUAAAAUGGUUGUAUGGUGGGAAGACAAAUAAUUGAGUUAAUCUUUUACUUUUCACUUGCGUGUGUCUUAACUACCUGGACUGAGUGAGACCUGGGACAGUGGCUUAGUUCACACCAGUCUGCUCUGAGGCAAAUAAAAAAGUACAUUACCAAUGUUUGUGGCUUUCUGACAAAAAAGUAGAAAAGAGAGGACCAUGUUCAGUAACAUGAUCUGGUUUCCAUUUCAAGAUCACCAGGAAGGGAGAAAGACUGGGGAAUGCUAUAUAUGGAAUAAACUAUUGCUGAUAAAGUAAAAAAAAUAGAUAAAAACCUUUACUUAUCUCAAAUAUUGUAUGUUCUUGAAUCUAAGAUCACACUUCUUGUUAGAUAUACUAUUGGUUUAAUAACAGCUUUUCAGAGUUUCUUUUUAGGGGAAAAUAAAUGCUAUAAUAAAUGUGCAUAUAGAGUGUAAGAACCAGUCCAGUUGUGGGAGGGAAACAAGUGUGAGACUUAGGAUCAAAGAAAUACAGUGGGGGUUUUUUAGGAAUUCUUACCACUGUUUACACCACAUACGUAACUUUGUAGUUGAAAAGCAGAAUUCAUAUGUAAUAAGUAAAUGUGUCGUGCACUCUGUAUGUAUGAGUGUGUGUAUAUAUAUGUAUGUAUGUAUAUAAUUUAAAUAAAUUUUAUUUUUGUAAUUAA